UGCCUCUUCUACAUAUAAGAGCUAGUGUCCAAUUAUUCUCGUUCGUCGCUCUGCCUUCAACACCACCUCAUCACACUGCUUCGCACCUCCCUUUGCAGAACUUCGUCCAGUGUCUUUGCUGCUUCACUCCCUGCCCGUACAACUCAGUAUGACUGGCGCUCAUCCCAAGAACGACCAAGGUGCGGUCCAUGGCCAGACCACUGAGCCAGCCCCCAAAGUAGGCUCGACCUCCAAAGCUGCUCCCACGGCGCGCGAGCGCCUCGCAUCUUUGGCUUCCCAUCUGCUACCUCAGGGCCAGACUGAGUUCGACUAUGUCAUCGUCGGCGGCGGUACCGCUGGCGCUGUUCUAGCCAAUAGGCUCACACAAGACAGCGGUGCGACAGUAGCCGUGAUAGAAGGAGGACCUAGUGAUGUCGGUCUUGACGUCGUGUUGGAUCUCUCUCGCUGGCUAGAGCUGCUCGGCUCUGAGCUGGAUUACGACUACCCAACGACGGAGCAGCCAAGGGGCAACUCGCACAUCAGGCACAGUCGUGCCCGUGUCUUGGGCGGUUGCUCGAGCCACAACACGCUCAUCAGCUUCCGGCCAUUCAACGAGGAUCUGGAUCUUUGGGCAAAGGAGUUUGGUUGCCCUUCUUGGGACAGCAAGACAAUACAGCCUUAUGGAGAUCGCCUGAAGCUCAAUACGCUACCUGUCGCUCAUCAACAAAGGAACAAUGUUGUGCGCGACUGGGUUUCCGCAGCAAGCUCAGCGACAGGCGCGCCGGUCAUCGACGAUUUCAACGCCCAAAUCGUUCACAAGGGUGGCUUCUCUUCCGGAGUGGGCUUCUUCAACAUCUCAUACGAUCCUCAUAACGGCCACAGGAGCAGCGCAUCGACCGCCUACCUUCACCCAAUCAUGCCCCACAGCCCGCAGAGACGCAACAACCUGCACCUCUUCCUCGAGACUUGGGCUAGAAAUCUAGUCUGGGACGAGCACGAUUCUCUGCGGGCUCGGGGGGUUGCGGUACGUACCAAGUACGGCCUCGAGAAGACCAUCACUGCAAGGCGCGAGGUCGUACUGGCAGCCGGCGCUAUCGACACUCCACGCUUGCUUUUGCUCAGCGGCGUCGGGCCCAAAGCAGAGCUCGAAAAAGUUGGGGUGCCAGUCCACCACGAUCUCCCGGGAGUCGGGGAAAAUCUAGUGGAUCACCCUGAAAGCAUCUGGAUGGCGGAGACGCGGCACACUCCGCCAGAGACAGUCAUGAGCUCCGAUGCGGGUCUCUUUUUGAGGAUCUUCCCUUCGUCGGCUGAGCCAUGGAAGGCUAUGGAGCAGGAGAUGAGCAAAAUCCCUGACCUCAUGUUUCACAUAUAUCAAGUGCCCUUUGCCGACAACACAGAACGCAUGGGCUACGAGCGUCCAAAGAAUGCGAUCUGCAUGACGCCCAACAUCCCACGUUCUCAGGCCAAAGGAAAGCUGAGCUUAGCUUCCAACAAUCCUGCCGAGAAACCGCUGUUGAACUUCCGGUACUUUGAAGAUGCUAAUGAUUACGACGCAAAGGUCCUUGUUCAGGGAAUUCAUCUGGCACGUAAGAUCGCAAAGAGUGCGCCCUUCUCUCAACACAUCGUCAAGGAAGUGGCACCUGGACCUAACGUACAGACUGAUGAGGAGAUUAGCGAGUACGCACGACGCGCAGCACAUACCGUGUACCACCCAGCAGGAACCUGUCGGAUGGGCACGCCAUCCACGACCGACCCACUCGUAGUCGUCAACGAGGCUGAUCUGAGAGUGGUAGGCUUGAAAGGCUUGCGUGUAUGCGACGCCAGCCUCAUGCCUUUGUUGCCCACGGUCAACCCGAUGAUAACAGUGCUCAUGAUGGCAGAACGAGCCUCCGACCUUAUCAACAACGACGCUUGGCUUGAAGGGUACCGAAAGACUACCUGGUAGGAACGAUGUGCAUUGCAGUUGACUGUAUGUAGGGUAGAAGCUGUCUAAUGUCACUCAGAAUUUGGAC